AUGAUAAAACAAAAGUGGAAACCGGCACUUGACGAGUUCUCCUGCGAGCCGGACGAGCGGCCACACUUUGAACUGUUGGUUUUCGUCAAGGUGGCGGCAUCAGUCAGUGCCAGCGGUGGAUGGGUGUGGCCUAGCGGGAACCCUACUGAGCAGGAAUACGAUGAAUCGAAGUGGUGGGACCGCGCACUCAAAAUGCGGGUAAGAGGGCAGGGGUACACGUGCGUGCACAAAGCGCAACAACUGGCGCGCUAUGCUGGUCAGUGCGACGAGGCGUGGCAGGGCGCCCGAAAGAAGCAAGGAAUCGUUGCCCACAAUCUUCGCGGUGAACUGGAGAAGAUUGUCGAUGCCAAAGGACAUUCGGCUUCGAUAGGCACUUUAGACGAUACGAUAAGUCUUGCAGGAUUUGGAACCACGAUUAACUGA